AAAGGAGGGAAGUGGACUGUUCCUGCAGCCUACAGUGAAAAAGCUGGAAUACAGAGAGAAAACGUGGGAGGACCGACGUAGAGAGUGUACGAGAAGGAGAAAAGAGAGGAGGGGGACAGAGCAGGAAAGAUUGAUGCUGAGGCGAGCCGGCACUGCGCAGCACUUACACACACACACACACGCACGCACGCACACACACACACACACACACACACUCUGAGUAUCACACGAACUCCCUCAUCACACUCCCAAGCUGCUUAACAGGCAGGAGAAACACAGAGUCUGACUGACUCUGCAGACCCUCACUGCAGGACAGGACAGAGGACGUGAAAGGCGAAAGGACACCCAAGAGUGCAGUUCCAUUUUUCUCAGCGUCACCUCAAAGCAACAGUUCUGCUGCCAUCAUCUCAGGAGGUCCAGCUUUCCUGAGAGCUUAUUGAAGACACCUCUCCAAAACAAGAGGAACAGCUGCAAGGACAGAAGCAAGGGCAAGUGUUGCUUCUCCCAGAGGUCCUUGUCGUGGACGUCCUCUCAAUGCCCUCAUGACAACAGGCAGAAACCCACGACAGGAAGCCAGAGCUGCGAGAUGGCAUGCCGAGUAGGGGACGAAGCCUCCCCAAAAAAGACCACUUCCCUCAACCUGGCGGCAGGGUUCUCCCACUACCUCCGUGAUGAGCAAGAGGAGGUGCAGAAAAGGACAUUCACAAAAUGGAUCAAUUCCCACUUGGCCAAGCACGCCCCUCCUCUUGAAGUGAGAGACCUGUUUGAGGACAUCAAGGAUGGUGUGAUGCUGCUAGCUCUUCUGGAAGUCCUCUCUGGACAAAAACUGCCAUGUGAGCAGGGCAAGACGCUAAAGAGAAUCCACUGGGUCACCAACAUCGGUACAGCUCUCAAGUUCCUGGAGGGUAGAAAGUCUGCCUACAGAGGAUCUCCGAUCAAGUUAGUGAACAUAAACUCCACAGACAUUGUGGAUGGACGGCCAUCAAUCGUUCUGGGGUUGGUGUGGACGAUUAUCCUUUAUUUCCAGAUUGAAGGAUUAACCAGCAGCCUCCCAGAACUCCACGCUUCAUCCAGCAGCACCUCGUCCGUGGACAGCUCCAGCAGCAGCACCGACACCACCAGCCCUCCCGUCAAACAAAAACCAUUGCAUCCUCUGCUGGGUGGAGCCAAAAAGGCCUUACUGAGAUGGGUUCAGCAGACAGCAACCAAAUGUUUAGGGCUUGAGGUGAAGGAUUUUGGCCCCAGCUGGCGCACCGGUUUAGCAUUCUUUGCUGUUAUCAAUGCCCUCCGGCCGAAUCUGGUUAACAUGGAGCGCGUAUGGAGGAGGCCCAACCGGGAAAAUCUGCAGGAAGCGUUCUCAUUGGCUGAGACCGAGCUAGGCAUUCCACAGUUUCUUGAUCCAGAGGAUGUGGACGUAGACAAGCCAGAUGAGAAAUCUGUUAUGACGUACGUUGCUCAGUUCUUGAGGCAUCGUCCUGACGGGAAGCAGAGCGACUCGGAGGGACAGCAAGAGGACGAGCAUGAACUUGCUCCUCGCGAUAUAGAGGAAAUGUUGGAGAGAGAGCAGCGAAAGAGCCUGAGGGAGCUCAAAAUGUGGCUCGACCAGCUGGAGAGAGAGGCAGCACAGGCACAGGAGACUGAGGCCAAUCUUGCUCAACAGUACCAGUUGUUCAAGAGCCUGCAUGUCCAGUUGGAGAUGAGGCGGAAGCAGGUGGAGGGAGCUUUGCAGUCGACGCAGAGAGACGGGAUGCUGACUGUGGACCAGGCUCUUGUCAAACAGGCCUGGGAGAGAGUUUCCAACAGGCUGGAUGAUUGGCAUCUUCAUCUGGACCGGUCCCUGCCGGCUCCCCUGGAUUCGGUCGGAGCUUGGCUACAUGAGGCUGAAGGAGCCCUGCGACAGGAGAUUAUCAUCCAGCAGGCUCAUAAUAUCACAGCUAACACUGUACACAGAGCUCUGGAGCAGCACAAGGAUGUGUUGAAAAGCCUGGAGAGUCACCAGCAGGUGUUUCAGAGGAUCCACAAAGACCGAAGUGUUGAUGGUGUUCCUGUCCCCCCGGAUCAGCUCCAAGACAUGGCUGAGAGGAUGAACUUUGUUUCUACAUCCUCCAGCCUUCAUCUGGCCAGAAUGGAAUUUUUGGAAAACAAACACCACAUGCAGGCCUUCCUCACCCUAGCCGAGUCCAAACUAAAGUCCUGGAUCAUCAGAUAUGGCCGCCAGGAAUCAGUGGAACUGAUGCUCAGUAACUAUAUAUCCUUUGUGGAGAAACAGUGUUUCUUUCAAAAGUACGAGGCGCUGUUCCAGUCGCUGAAACACUCCGCAGAGGCUUACGUCACAGCAGAUAGCUCAGUGGAUGAGGGAGAAAUGGGAGUUCGCCGGUUCAUGCGAGAAGUGGUGACUCAGUGGAGGAGUCUGUCGAUGGAAGUGCGCAGUGUGAGGAGCAUGCUGGAGGAGGUUCUGUCCAACUGGGAGAGGUACGUCUCCACCGUGGCCUCCUUGCAGGCCUGGCUGGAGGAUGCUGAGGAGGCUCUGAGCCAGCCGGAGAGCAUUAAACGGGAGUUUUUCAGGAAUCUCAGCCACUGGAUGGAUCUGCAUGCAGUCAUGAACGAUGCCGGGAACUUUCUCAUCGAAACGUGCGACGAGACUGUCUCGCUGGAUCUGAAGCAGCAGCUGCUCCUUUUGAACGGACGCUGGAGAGACCUCUUCCUCCAAGUCAAACAAUAUGCUCAUUCAGAGGAGUUGGAGAAAUGGAGAAAAGACCACCUUAAGGCUGUGUGGGCUCUGAAAGAGCUGCUGGACGCAGCAGAGUCCAAAUUAAAUGCUCCCGUUCAGGUGUCCUUCCGCAGCGUGAGGGCCUUCCUGCAGGACGUGGAGAGCACCAAGCAAAAGGUCGUUGCCAUGGAGACGCAGUACAAGUUGGCUGCCCACAGUGCUCAGCUUCUCGCUAAGGAUGUUCCGCAGGAUGAAGCCACCGGGGUCAUGACAACCAUGGCAACAGCCAAAAAUCAGCUGAGUAAGGUGAGAGAGAGAUGCCCCUCCUUGGUCAGGGAGUGUCACAGCCUUCUGCCGCUGUUGGAGGAGAUGGAGAAACACACCGGUGCUUUUUACCACGCUCUGGAGAAGGCACACCGUAUCGUGUCUUUUCCGAGGGACUCGGAGGCACCUGCUCAGCAGAAACACAAGUGGCAGGAUUUGUUAAACCAGCAGCAGAGCUGUAAAAGGUAUGUGUCGGUGAUUGAGAGGAACCACUACACCCUGCAGAAGAUGCUCGGCAACAGCAAGGUGCUCCGAAACCUGGACCUGUCUCUGCUGCAGAAGAGAGUUGCAGAAAUUCAAGGAUCGUUACAGGCUUUGCUGAAGGAGGUGGGAGAGUGGAGGAGGCAGGAGGAGGCCAACAAGUGCCUGAGGAGGAGGUUUGAGGAAUCACGGCAGGAGCUGGAGAGAGUGUUGAAGAAAGCUCAGGGCUGUUUGAAGGAGACUGGAGACGCUGAGGAGUUACUGAGGAAACACACGGACUUCUUUGGCCAACUAGACCAACGGGUUCUUAGCGUGUUCCUGAAAGCGUGUGAUGAGUUGACAGACAUCCUCCCUCAAGAGGAGCAACAGGGGCUGCAGGAGACGGUGCGCCGCCUGCACAAGAACUGGAAGGAUCUCCAGGCUGAGGUACCAUCUCACCUGCUUCACCUGAAGGUGGAGGUGGAGAGAAACCGAGUGGCUCUGAUCCUCCAGGACUGCAGGGCGGAGCUGGACAGAGAAAUGCGAUCUCUGUCAGGAACUUGCACCAGUGAGCGAGUGAUCAAAGAGCACAGAACUUUCUUCAGAGAACGCAAACCGCUGGCUUUGUGUGAGAAAAGGAUCAGAAACAUGGAGGACGUGUGUCAAAAGCUGCCUGAUAACGACCCAGCGCAUCGAACUCUUGACUCCGUGAGGAGGGCUGCAGGGGAGGUUAAGGAGCAAAUCAGGAUCACGCACCUGAAGCUGGAGCAGCACCCUGACAAAUGGAAAGAGUGGAACGAGAGGUUCUGUGAGAUUUCUGAUUGGCUGUCAUCUCAGAGAGGACAGGUGAGGCUUUUGAGAGAGACAGCAAUGGAUUCCCGAUGUCAGGAGGAUGUUGAUGCUUCUGUCCAGGCUCUGCAGAAAGCAGUGAACGCCCGAGAAGAGGAUCUGCUGUGGCUGAAGAGUCAUCUAACCGAGCUUUCUGAGGUUAGCUCUGAGCUGGAGGUCAAGAGGCAGAGAGCAGCUCUGGCCAAACUCUCAACGGACCUUCGAGCACUCCUGUCUUCAGUCUGUCAGCAGGGAGAGGAAGGCUCUGCUCUGUACCAGUAUGAAGAGCUGAGAGAUGAAGUGCAUGGUGCUCUUCAGGAGGUCUUAAAGUCCAGGAAGGAGGCUGAGGAGCAGACGAGCAGGAUCCUGAAUGCUGAGAGCCUGGAGGAGGCCAAACAACUGCACCUCAUUCACCAGCAACACCUGAAACAGCUGAACGCUAACAGGAAGGAGGCGGAGCUGCUGGUGUCUCACUGCCGUCAGCUGCAGACCGGCGAGGUGCUGAGUCAGUCUCUGCAGGAGCUGGAAGGAGCUUUCAACGAGGUCGACCGCAAAUCUGGAGUGAGGGAGCACAACCUGCAGGCAACUCUAAGCUCUUGGCAAAGCUUUGAGAUGGAAAGAGAAGCAAUUUGGAGGUUUAUCACAAACGCCAACAAUGAGCUGCUGAAAGAACUCACAUUUAACAGUCUAGAGAGCCUGAGAAGUGAACUCCACCAUAACAAGGGGCUUUUCAUAACGUUUGAGGAGUAUUCUGUACGAGCAGAUCUUCUAUUGGAGAAGGCAGCAGAUAUUGAACUCGGCCCAAAGAACCAGGGACUGCUUCUGCAGCAGGCCCAGUCCACCAGGGAGGAGGUCACUGAACUGCAGAAACAUCUUAAAGAGAGUUUUGUCCUGCUGAAGCGAGUGUGUGCACAGUGGGAACAGUUCAGCGCUGAAUUUGAGGCUUUUUCUCAGUGGAUCAAUGACAAAGAGAAGGAGCUGGAAGCUGCCAGCUUCGCAUCCUCCUCAGAUGCUUUAGACAAGCAUAUCAGCACCGUGGAGAUGAUAGGUGAGGGUUUGGAGGACAGAAGGCCGACUCUGACCCAAAUGGAGGCUGACUGUGAGGCCCUGUCCAGGUUUGUGACCUCUGGAGAGGCUGGACGAUUACGUGCACAGCUCCUCCUGAUGAGGAGGUGCUUCGAGGAGCUAGUGGGAAGAAUAGAGCAGCUUGGCGUACAGCUCAAUCAGAGCGCCACCUACAGGCAGAGAUGCAACGAUAACCUGGAACAGGUUAAAAAAGCAAUAAGUGACCUCAAAGAAAAACUGGACUUUCCUAUCAGUUUCUGCACCUCUUCAUCAGAAACCUACAAAAUCCUCCAGGAUCACAUGGAGGUCUGCCAGAGUGUGGAGCAGCUGAAGCCCCGGCUGAUGGCGUUGUGUUCGGCCAUGAAGAGGCUCAGAGAGGGCAGCCAGCUGGAGGAGGAGGUGGCUGACCUCCAGAAGCAGCAAAGGCAACUUGCUGGAAAGGCUGCAGAGAAGCAAUCCACCCUGGAUAGCCUUCUAGCUCUGUGGCAAAGGUUUGAAAAGGAGAAUUCCUCCCUGAAGAGCUGGCUGGACAGGUGCGCGUCUGUUUGCUGCCCAGACACCAAACUUUUCUCUGCAGACAAAGUCAAACUUAGGAAUGAGCUGCAGAACGUGCAGGAGAUGCAGGAAGAGACGCCGUCCUAUGAAGUCCUCCUCCACGGCCUUUCCAACCUGCAGCUUUGUCUGCGUCCUACUGCACCAGAGACUCGUGUCCAGGAGCUCGACAAUGACCUCCAUCAACUUCAGACGAGAUGUACCUCUGUUAAAAUUUGCAUAACACAGAGGUUUAAGCUCCUGGAGAUGCACUUGGAUCAGCUGGAGCAGUUUGAUCAGACCCUUUUAACCGUGAGACAGAGGAGUGAAAAAGCCCUGUCUGGCCUCAGAAGCUCCUUUUGUGUUGAUAUUUCAAAUCUGGAUGCUGCGAGUGCUAAACUGCAGGAGAAUGAGACACAGCUACAAGAGAAUGCAUCGCUGAUAGAAACUCUGCAUCAAAGAGAAUCGUCGCUGCUUUUCUGUUCCACCGCCGAGGCUCAGCAGCAGCUACAGGCCUGGAGGGAGGACUGCUUACAGCCCCUCAGCGAAUCCCAGCGUCUCCUGCUCGUCCGUAAAGAAAGCUUGAUUGAAUUAAAGACUUUCCUUGAGAAAUACGAAGCAGCGGCAAAGGUCGUGCGUCGCCUCCAUGAAGCGGUGGAAGGCAGGGGGAGCUGGGAUCACUCCAAAGCUGAAGAACUACACUGUGGGUUAAAGGAGGUAGCUAAGGAUGUGGCCCGACUUGAAGCCGAGGCAGUCAGGUUAGACGGGCAGCUGAGCAAGGCGCAUCUGCAUCUGUGUGGAGCUGGAGACGCUAGCCAUCCUCAGGACAGGACAUCCUGCAGAGGACAGGCAGCGGCCCUCACCGCUUCUCUGGAGGAGGCGCAGAGGGCCGUUGGGUGGAGACAAAGUGAAGCAGAUGCUCUAGGGGCCCUGUGGUGCUCCUUCAGAGAGAGAAAGGAAGAGGUGAUGAAAAAUUUGGAGAAACUAGAGGAAGAUGCAAGACGGCUAGAGGCAAGAGAGUGCACUGUGCUGGCAUUUCAAAACAGGCUGCGUUUCUUUGUCCAGCUGGAGGACGAGCUCCAGUCACUGCAGCACUCCCAGCGAUGGUUGGAAGAGAAAGGGAAGCAGCUGGCCCAGAGAGACGGCGAGCUGGCAGCAGAAGCUCUCAGGGAGGUGUCGCUGGUGAAGACAGCCUGGGACGACGUGAAGACGCUGAUAACCAAUAGUCAGGAGCAGAGUGGAGUCGUGGUGGAUCUUCUCCGCUUAUUCCUCCACUUGAAGUCGAUCCUUGCUGCUGUGGUGGAAAGCGCUCAGGCUGUAGCUCACAAUCUGCCCGACCACAAUCAUAACACUCAGGACGCCCGACGUGCUUUCACCCAACACAAACUCCUCCAAGCUGAACUGAGAGAGAAGCAGGAGGACAUGGACCAGCUCAUCUGCACAAUUGAGGACCUGCAGAGAGAAAUGGAGAAGGUGCCUAAUUCUGACAUGAGCUCCAUUCAGAAGGAAACGGAAACUCUCAGGGACCAGUGGUUGUUGGUUUCAGAGAAGAUUCAAACAAAUACAGAAAGACUUGGCUGCUGCGUUGAACUCUGGGAUGACCUGAAGGCCAUGGAGAAGGACAUCAACCAGUGGACAAGCACCUCCGUUGCCGAUCUCAGCGAUGCCGUCUCCAGACUUGGUGAUGGAGAUUCUGCAGAGACUCAGCUCGACACCUUUCAGGCUGAGGUGGAAAAGAGGGAGCAGAAGCUGGAUGUUCUGCAGGAGAGAGUGGCAGAACUGAAGGAACAAGCCAAACUGCAGGAAACGCCGAUUCAAAUGCAGGUCCUGGAGUCAGAGCUGAGGAAGAAAAUGUUCCAUGCGCAGGAGGUGUACAACCAGGCCAAACACACUCUGACCUACUUCAACUUCCAGAAGCAGCGACUUGAAGAUCUCAUGGCCCAGAUGAGCGAGCGGCUGGAGGCAGCUGAGGGCUCCUUAGUGGACCUUUCUGAAGGAUCUUCUCUUGAAGAUAUUCACACAGUUAAGAACCUGCAGGGUGUUGUGCAGCAACAGAGGGCUGACAUGGACUCAGCCAGAGAUGCUCUGACUUCCCUAAGCAGAUCACAUCCAUCUCACGAGUUGUCACGCCUCUCCUCUGAUCUCACCUCCAUCGCCAAGCGAACAGAGGCUGUUGCUCAACGCUGUGCCAAGACCAGAGGCAGCCUGCAGGAUGGACUACAGCUCCACUUCACCGAGCUCGUCCAAGACUUUAAGUCCUGGCUUACAGAUCUGAAGUUGGACCUGAAGGACUGUUUUAACCAAUCAGGAGAUGUUGCCGUCCUCGGAGCCAAGUUGCAAAGACUGAUGUCACUUGAGCAGGCUUCAGAGGGUGAGGAACGUCUCUCUCAGGUUUGCAAGGAGGCUGAAACCCUCCAGCUUCAUCUGAGCAAAGCUGCAGCAGCACAGGUCCAGGAGAACCUCACUUCCUGUCAGAGAGAGUGGAAACAUUACCUGGACAGCUGCUCGCAGAGCCAACAAGACCUGCAAGAGAGCAUUGAACUUCUGAAGAAUUUUGAUAAUUGUGUGGAGAGAAUAAAAGACUGGUUGAAGCAGCUGGAUCUCAGCCUCAAGAGUGAGUUUGUUCUGGGGGCAGACGGCCAGAAGGGAGCCCCAGGUCCUUCAGAAGAACUGGACAGAAUGGAAAAGCUCAAUAAAGAUCUGAUAGCACAAAGGGAGUCAGUGGAGUGUCUCUGUCAGGAGGCCCAGGCUCUGUCUGAAUCCGGCCGGGGGUCAGGAGGGGAGGUAAGAGUCACAGGCCAGCUCCAGAUGGAAUAUCAGACCCUGCUGAAGGUGGCCAGGGAGAGGCUCCGGAGCUGCCAGGAGAGCCAGGCAUUUGGAGACACCCUCCAGGGAGUGUGGGCCUGGCUGGAGGAGAUCCAAGAGCGACUGGGUACCGUUGACAGCACGAUGGGAACGAAGGAGCAGCUGGAGCAGAGGCUGGAGGCUGUGCAGGACAUCCUGCUUUUGAAGGGAGAAGGGGAGGUGAGGCUGAACAUGGCGAUGGGUAAGGCUGAGCUUGCUCUGCGCAGCUAUGGAGCUGCUGGACAGGAAGUGGUCCGCUCUCAGCUACAGGAAGUGGAGGAUGCUUGGGCCACGCUGCUCGUCACUGCAAUGAGCUGCCAUAGUCGAUUAGAGUGGACUGUGUCACAGUGGGGCGGGUACCUGGAGAGCGCUGCCCAGCUGCAGAGUUGGAUGGAGGUAGUCAAGCGGGAGGUGUGUGCUCCUCUCCCACCUCAGCCUGGACCCAGAGAGAAAGCCUCCCAGUUAGAAAGACUUCGAGCCCUGAUGGCCGACAUGGAAGACCACCAGAUGACGCUGUCCAGUUUGGAGGAAAAAGCCAGAGAACUUUUUAAGAAGACCGGAGAUGCCAGCUUUAACAACUGUGCUCGCACGCAGCUGCAGCUGCAGUUUGAUCACCUCUCAGCUCUGGUGGAGGAGAGAGUGCAUCUGGCGCAGACGGUGGUGUUGGAGCACCAGAACUACCUGGAAGCUGUUCGAGAGCUCACUGAUUGGCUGAUGGCUUCAGGGGAGGAGUUACAACACUGGUCAGAUACAUCAGGAGAGUCUCCCUCCAUCAGGAAGAAGCUGUCAGAAGUGAAGGAGAGCGUCAAAUGUCGACUCCUGGAGGGCCGAGAGCGCCUCAGCCGGGUUCGUCGUAAUGCAGCGACCACAGCGGAGCACACGGCGGCUGGCGGCUGCGAGGCCAUGGAUCGGCAACUGGGGGCACUGUCGCAAGCUCUGGAGCAGUGGGAGGGGGCCGCUCUGAGGGCCAGGGAUGGCCUAGAGGGGGCCCUUGCUGCUGCGGAAGCUUCAGAAGAGGAAUAUGAACGUCUCAGCGCCUGCCUGGAGGACAGGCUGAAGGAGUUUGACAGACGUCUGAGAGGGUGGAGCCAGGAGCUGAUGAAAGCUGAAGGUCGGAGCAACGGCAAGGAGGCGGUGGAGGGAUGGAAGCUGGCCAAGGAUAUUCUGGAGGGCUUGCAGAGCGCCGAGCCGAUGGCAGAGAAGUUGAAAAGCCAGCUGAACGACCUGGUGCAAUACUCCAGGGACCUGGGCUCGCAAUCAGACCGGGUCACGGCGCUUAUCAAACAGCACAACAGUCUCAGUCUCCGUGCAUCCAGAGAGUGUCAGAAUAAGGAGCGCUUGUUGGAGCAGAGGUUCCGCGCGGCUCUGAGAGACUUCCAACAGUGGCUGGUGAAUGCCAAAAUCAGCACGGCCAAAUGCUUCGAUGUGCCACAGACCGUCACAGAGGCCUCUACUGCCUUGCAGAGAAUACAAGAGUUCCUGAGUGACAGGGAGAAUGGCCAGGCCAGACUGAGUACAGUCGGGGCCAGCGGGGAGCUCCUGAUGGCCAUAGUGUCCAAAGAUAGAGUGGAGGGAAUCAAGGCCAAGGUGGCAAAUGCCAGAGAGGACUGGAAGAGCCUGAUGAAUAACCUGCAGAUUAGAGAGGAUGCUCUCAAGAACCUGCAGUCACAGAUGACAGAGUUUGAGACCAGCGCUGAGCCGCUGCAGGAGUGGCUGAACAGCACAGAGGUCAAAGUUCAGGAGAGCAUCGCUCGUCUGCACGACCUUCCAGCUAAGAAACAGGAGCUCAGCAAGUUACAGUGUGUGCUGGAGGAGAUGGCCGGUCGGGAGGUAGCGCUGGGCAGGUUGAGGGAAAGAGCUCAUCAUCUCUGGGAGGGACAAGCGGCCGGCAAAGGUUUUGUGCACAGAGUAUCUCAGCUGUCAGCUCAAUAUCUUGCCCUCAGCAACUUAACCAAGGACAAAGCCUCCAGGAUCGAACGCAUUGUCGGGGAGCACCAGCUCUUCUCUCAGGGGCUUAAAGAGCUUCAGGAUUGGGUGUGUGAGGCUCAGAGGGUCAUCAGCACCUGCACCUCCUCCACGACUGAUAAGAGUUUGCUGGAGGACCGCAUGCUGCGACUGGAGGCCUUACUGGCUGCCCGCCAGGAGAGAGAGAUCCAGCUGAAAAUGCUCCUGACGCGUGGAGAGGCAGUCCAAAGAAAUACCUCAGCUGAAGGGGUCCCGGUGAUCCGCAAACAAAUCCAAGACCUCAAGGACUCGUGGGACUCGCUGCUUUCUGCUUCCAUCCAGUGUAAAAGUCAGCUGGAAGGUGCUCUGUCGCAGUGGACCAGCUAUCAGGAGGAUGUGGAGCAGUUUGUGCAGUGGAUGGAGCGGGUUGAAGAAACGCUGAGCUGCUCAGACAGACAGUACUCUGAGAUGAGAGACAAAACUGCUAACCUUGGGAGGACAAAGCUUCUCUAUGAGGAGGUUUUGAGUCACAGCAGCCCUCUGGAGACCAUCGCCACAAAAGGGUCCAACAUGGCUGAGCACGGCACCACCCAGCAGGAGGUGCAGCAGCUACACUCCAGAUACAACACACUGAAAGAAAAAGCAAAGAAUGCUGUCUGCAAGGCCAAGGAGCUUGUGAUGGUCCAUCAGGAGUAUCAAAGAGGGUUGCACGUGUUUGAGGACUGGCUGGAGCAGGAGCUGGCCUCUUUGGCAUCACUGUCUCAUCCAGAAGGAAACGUGGACACGCUGGAGAAAACACUGCAGCAGCUACAAAAUUUGCAGGAAAACUGCUCCAAAGGCCAGGCGUUGCUCACCUCAGUGUUGACCUGCAGGGAGAGGGUUAGUCCCUGGGGUGUGCCUCAGAUUGAGGAUCGUGCGUUGGACACGGCAAAGCGAGAGUGGACAGCCCACCAGAGCCGCCUGGAGGAGACUCUGGCCCAGCUGCACUCCACACUGACCCGGCUGAGGCAGAUGGGCCACAGGUUCCUGAACCUGGCUCAGUGGCUGGAGGACACGGAGAAGGUGGCAAACGUCAGAAAUAACCGGCGGUCGGAUAGAUCCACGAAGCAGAGUCAGCUGAAGAAACUCCAGGGUUUUCUUGAGGCGGUGCUUUCACGGCAGAGAGAAGUUGAUGGCCUCUCAUCUUUAGCCCAGCAGGUUCUGGAGGAAACCUACAUCAGCAGCCGUGUCAGCGUUACCGCCACCCAGCUGACCGCCCGCUACCACUCCAUGCUGCUCAACAUCCAGGAUACAAUCAAGCAGCUGCAGGAGGAGUUGAAGAGCCUUGAAGAGGCAGAAAACUUGUGCGUAUCUUUCACCGAGUGGCUCAACUCGACUCAGAAAAGCUUCACAGCGUUAACGGACCACGCUGAAGCACUGGACCGGGCUGCCAUGGAGAGGAAGAUGAAGAAACUAGAGACUCUCCAGUCAGAGCUUCAGCGAGGCCACAAUUUCCUGAAAUCCCUGAGGGAGCGUGCAGAGCAGGCAGCGGGCUUCCUGGACGAGGCAGGAGCAGAGAGUUUAGGGGGAGAAGUGGAAGCACGUCUUGCCCAGUUGGAGGAGCUCGCCGGAGGACUCCGUCAGGAGCACAGCUUCCUGGAGCGCACCUUACUGCUGGCGAAGGAGUUUCAGGAUCGGUACAAGGCUCAGGUCCAAUGGCUUGUGGAGACCAGAGCUUUGCUCAGCGCUCCAGUGGAGCCCAAGGCUGAACUCUACCAACGCAGAAAUCAGCUGGCCAAGUAUAAGACUCUUUUGCAGAUGGUUCAGUCCCACGAUGGAUCCGUCAGAUCCGUCAUGGAGAAGGGAGAUACUUUGCUGGCUUCCGUCCACUACCCCUCCGUUAGAGACAAAAUGCACCGACUGCAGAAGGACUACACGACACUCUGCAAAGCUGCAGCGGCUCACGUGGAUAACCUGGAAGGCCAGGUGAAGGAGCAGGAAGCUUAUCACAACGAACUCCAGGAAGUGGAACGCUGGCUUCUGCAGAUGUCCAGCAGGAUGGUGACUCCUGAUCCGAGUGUGAGCAGAAGCCUUGAGGCAGCGACCCAACAGCUGGCAAGGCACAAGGCCAUCAUGGAGGAAAUUGCAGGCUUUGAAGAUCGCUUGUCAGGUCUGAAAGAGCAAGGAGACCGCCUGGUGCAAGACUGCAGUGACCGCGUGCAGAGCAGACUCAGACAGCAGGUCCAAACCCACCAGCAAGGCAUCAGAGACAGCUACUCUGCCAUCUGUAGCACAGCGCAGAGGGUGUAUCAGAGUCUGGACCACGAGCUACAGAGGCAUGUCAGUUUGCAAGACACUCUGGAUCAGUGCAACACUUGGCUAAGCUCUGUGUCAGAAAAACUCGAGCCUCACUCCGAGACGUCGCUCAGCCUUGAGGAAGCUCUUCAGCAGGUGAAGCAGGAGCGAGCUCUGCAGGAGCAGGCCAGCACGUACCUCCAGCUUGUGUGUUCAGCGUGUGACCUGUCAGAGCUGAGGGUCAGGGAGACCGCUGCAGCCAUCCAGCACGUCAAACUGCAGAUUGAAGAGCGCAUGCUUCUUUGUGAAGAGGUAGCAGACAGCUGGAGGGACUUUGAGGAGCGUAAAGCAGAUCUGGAGACCCAGCUUAGAGAGACAGAGCAGCAGCUUCAGAACCUGGUCCGGAGACCUGCAGAGUUGGAGCCUAAGAUUGCACAGAACCAGCUGGACAAGGCACAGGAGUUCCUGCAGCAGAUUAGGGAGAAACAAUCCGAAUCAACGCGAUUGAACGAAGCCAUCAGCAGGUUGACGGACGGGCAGGUCUCGCCUGUCCUGGAGGAGAUAAGGAGACUGAAAAGAAGCUGGAUGGAGCUGAGCCAGCGGGCCGAAGAGCUGGAAUCCCAGAGAGGGGAGGACAUGCAGCGGAGUGGAGAGUACCAGGAAAGUGUGGCUGCUGUGGAGGAACUCUUCCACCAAGUAUCCAGGGAAUGGGACUACCUCGCAAGAGCUGACACAGAAAGUACAAGUGAACAUCUGGAGGCUCUGAGGAAGCUCGCUAGUGACCUAGAUGAUCAAAAGGAAACUCUAGAAGACCUUAGAGACCAGAGACAAGCCAUCCUGCCUCGGCUAAGUCUGCUGGACAAGGAGCUGGUCAAACAGCAGGUGGGUCAUCUGGAGCAGCGCUGGUCCCAGCUGGAAUCCCUCAUUUUGCAGAAGAUUCAGGAUUCGGCUCAGACACUCAAGGAUCUUGCUCGGGUCGAAACCCAGCUGAGAGACGCCAGGGAGUGGGUGGAGGAGCAGCAUCCCGCUCUCACUUCCGCACUGAGGACCAGUCCACCCCCAGAUCUCGCUCAGAGUUUCCUGUUCGACCACCUGAGUGUUUGCGUGGAACUGGAAGCCCGUCAGCAGCUGCUCGGUCAGGCGGUGAGCGAAGCCCAGGGCGUGGCCUCCAGGCUCGGGCUGAGUGAGAAGAGAUGCUUACAGGAGCUUGUUGAGCAAGCCCAGAUGGAGGUGGAGGCUCUCGGGGCUCGGGUAGCCCAAAGGAGGAAGUACCUCAGUAAGGCCUUCACAGAGCGGACACAGUUCCUUCAAGGCCUGGGGAGAGCCUUGUCCUGGGUGAAGCAGCAGGAGAGGAAGGCUUUGAUAGACGACCACAUAGCACUGCUUCCUGAGGAUUUGACCAAACAGGUCGCUGCGUGUCGGGGCAUUCAGAGCGGAUUACGAGCUUACCAAAGAGAGCUGGCAUCGCUCUGGGUACAAGGCCGAGAGUUAGAGCGAGAUGCCACAGACAAAGAGAGAGGGGAAACGCUGGCGAGAAUUGAGGACCUCCAGGCAUCUUUUGAAACUGCUCUACAGAGAACCACCCAGCGUCUCACAAGCCUAGAAAAAGCCUUGAUCUCCAGGAAGUACUUUCAGGUUGACCUGGACAAGACGUGCCUCUGGCUGAGACGAGCAGACGCCGUAACGUUCCCCGAAAUCAAUUUCAGCAGCGUUGACGACAGCUGGGAUCUGCAGACGCAGCUGUCUAACUUUCAAAGUGUCUUAGAACAGGCGUCAGAGUACGAAAACCUCCUUCUCAUUGUCCAAAGAAUCGGUCAGGAGAUCCUUCCUACUCUGAACGAGAUCGACCACUGCUACCUAGACGAGCGACUCAACGCCCUGCCACAGCAGUACAACGCCAUCCUGGCUCUAGCCAAAGAGAAAAAAGACCGAGUCCAACAGAUGAUCCUUGAGAGGAAAGAGUUCAGCACUUUCUUCGAUAUAACUCGUAACGCACUGCAGGAACUCCAGGAGCAAUAUGACAAUCUUGAGAAGCAGACUAUCAGCGUAAGAGAAGAGGAUGUUGUUGAUUUAAUGAAUAAAUAUAGAGGCAUUGAAGAAAGUUUGGUCCAUAUCAGCCCCGCGGUUAGAGAGCUCCACAGGAAGCACGAGGGGUUCCUCAUUAGGGGUCAGCAGUACAGAUCUGAGGAGACGCAGCGGUUGGUUCGUCUCCACGAUGCGCUGAAGAUGAGAAACAAUCAGAGGAUCACACAUCUAAACGACUGCUUGAAAAAGCUAGUGGAACACAACAGGGUGAUGUCCAAACUAGACUCCAAGGUUAAAUCUGUUGACGAGGAGCUGGUCAAAGUGAAUUCAAUCAAAGAUUUAAGAACUUCAGAUAAAAUCACAAUGCUUUUUUCGCUAAUGGAAAUACUUGAUGGAGCCAGGUCUCAGGUUGAAGAGUCUUUUAAAGAGAUUAAGAGUCUUGAUCUAAAGUUUGAGGCUGCUGCCUUUCAGGAAACGUCGCUGCAACUGGAGUGGUUGCAUUCCCGCCGAUGUGACGUUAAAUCUUUAGUCGAGAAAAAUCAAACAACCGUUCCCAAGACCGAAGACUUCACGAAAGAAGCUGAGAGGACCUCCGACUGGCUGGAGAAUGUUCGACACAAACUGAAAGAGCCUUUAAUGUUUGUGGAGAUUAAAACUGAGAGGAUACACCAGGAGAAACUGAAACUGAAACUCCUGGAGGAGGAGUUGAUCAGUAGGCUGAAACUUGUUGAUGUCUUAAGUGUGAGAGAAAAGCAGAAAUAUGAAUGUGGCAAAGAAAGUGUUCCUGUGGGAAUGAAAGAAAAACUACAAGAGCUGAUGAAGCUGGGGGCCGAAGUUCAGCAAGAAAUUUGUUCAAAACAGCUGACUGUGGAUGGAGCUCUGGCUCUGCUCCUGCGGUACCACUCAUCCCUUCAGUCCAUGCAGACAUUUCUGGACUCUGCAGCAGAUUUGCUCCACAGGACCAGCUCAGGAGUGGAUCUUGAGAACCACACAGACUGUAUGCAAGAGCUGGAGGAGGUUUUAGUCCAGGAAAAGAACUUCAAUGCUGCCUUAGAGGAGCUGAGGACUUUGGAUCCUUUGCUUGUUGAUUUUAUGGAUGCAGGCGUGCUGAGAGGGCUUGGCGAAAAGGUUAGAUCGUUGCAGCUGAUGAAGGCAGAACUCAAACAGCAGGUGGAAGCUUACAGAGAUGUGCUGCAGAGGUGUGGCGCUCAGUGGAGGUCAUUUAUAUAUGACAAGGAGGCUCUGGUUGAACACAUGAAUGAUUUAGAAAGCAGCAUGGCCGUGUUUACAUCCGCUAAAGCCGUCAGUGCCCAUGAAGCAGAGGACAAGUGCCAAAGAUACAUGACUCUGGUGGCUCAGACAGAGAUGCUGGAGUUGCCUCUAAACGCUUUGAGAGAGAACGUUACAGAGUUGGAUCAAUUCGUCUCUGAGUCGAGCAAAGCUCUCACCAGUCAUGUAGUGUCAUCGCUAUGGCAACGAUGGACGAGGCUCCGCAGUGUGGCCCGGGCCCAGGAGAGGGCAUUGGAGGACACGGCGAGGGAGUGGAGGAACUUCAUCGAGAAGGUGGAGAAAGUGAGUUCUGUGUCCAGAGACCUCCACAGUCGCCUUCCAGACAGCACCGUGGAGAAGGCGGCCACCAGGGCGGCACUCCAGAGCCUGCUGGAGUACCACGACUCCUUCAGCCAGGAGGUGGAGAAGGAGCAGUCCAUACUGGCCUUGCUGGGGCAGCAAACUCGCUGCCUUAGAGGAGAGGAUGGAAGGGAGGUGGUGAUGGAGAAGAAGACGGAGAACGGGCAUGAGGAGACAACAUGCCUACAGGAGAUCAGGAGGAUGCAGGAAUGUUACGACAGCCUGCUGUUGCAGGUGCGCUCCAGCAGGGCUCAGGUGCAGCAGGAGCUGAGGGAGAGGGAGGAGGUGGAGAAGGAGCUAGGGUUAGUUAAAGGCUGGAUCCAAGACACUCGAGGUCUGCUGCUGAGUCCCACAGCAGAUCUGGAUUCCCUGCUGCACGAGUUAGAGACUGCUCACGGUGAGGUCAUCAGCAGGCGUCAGAGUGUGGAGCGCAUGACAGAGCUGCAGCAGUCCAAGUAUCAGGACUUUCAAGCUGGCUUGCCCUCUGAACUCAGCAUGCAAUUAGCAGAAGUGGCUCUGGCUCUGGGGUCAGCUGAAGAUCAGGUGCAGGCUAGAGAGAGGGAAGUCCAGCAGACCAGAGAUGUAAAAGAGGACUUCAGCUACAGACUUCAGGACAUCGAGGCGAAGCUGAAGACCGCUGCUGUAAAACUUGAAGACAAGGGCGCCGACUUGGAGGAGGCCAAAGAAGAGACCAAAGCACUUUGUGAAGAGUGUGAAUCCUGCAGAUGCUCUCUGGCAGAGUUAGGAGGAUCUGUGCAGGAGUUUGGAGAGCAGAACCCACUGCUGUGUAAGCAGCUUGGAGAUGCUGUGGCUAAACUGACUGAGCUACAGCGCCACACUGCUCAACAGGCCCAGGAUAAAGUCAACAGACUCAAAAAGGCAGAGAGGCAGGUGGAGGAAUAUCACAACAUGAAGGCUUUUAUUUUGAGCUGGAUUGAAAAGGCUGAAGCUCUGAUCACCAGCAACAUCGUCUGGAGCUCUGCUACUCAGCUGCAGGAGCAAAUUCGAGCCCACCAGGCGGUGCUGAGGGAGUGUUGCGGUCUCCAUGGAGACCUGGACGCCAUGGGGGAGAGGGAGGGGCAGCUGGCCGACUUGCUGCAGAUGGAGGGAUGGAGCCAGCAGGUGAAACACCUCAGCAGGCGCACCGAGGAGCUGCAGCAGUCCGCCAAGAGUCGCCUCCAGAAUCUGCAGGAUGCCACCAAAGACCUGCUGCGUCUUGAGUCCGAGGUGAAGAGCUUGCACGCUGCUGUAGACCAGAUCCAGGUCUCUCUUGCUUCACCUGAUCUCAACAAGCUCAGCCUCAGGGAGCAGCUCACGCAGAGACAGUGCCUGCUGGUGGAAAUGGAGAGCUUUAAACAGCAGGUGGUUGCAGUGCAGCAAUGUCAGAGUGCCCUCCGGCUACCAGAGGAGGUAGUGGCCAGUCUGCCUAUCUGCCGCACAGCCCAGACUCUGCAGCAGGAGGCCAGCCAGCUGCAGCAUACCACCAUCCAGCAGUGCAACAUCCUGCAGGAGGCAGUGGUGCAGUAUGAGCAGUACGAACAGGAAGUCAGGAACCUUCAGAGAUUAAUAGAAGAUGCUCAUCGUAUCAUUCAGCACCGACCCGUGUCCACUAACAACAUACAAGAGCUUCAGGCACAGAUUCACCACCAUGAGGAGCUGACCCAGAAGAUCCGUGGCUACCAGGAGCAGAUUGCCUCUCUCCACUCUAAGUGUAAGAUGCUGACGGUGAAGGCGAAACACGCCACCAUGCUGCUGACCGUCAACGAGGUGGAGGGCCUCUCGGACGGCCUGGAGGAGCUGAGUGAUGAGGAGCUGCACAGUGUGGUCCCCAACUCCACAUCAGAUUCCUCCAAGCUGCUUCCAGCACACCCCUCCGUCGUCAUGAUGACAGCCGGCCGCUGCCACACGCUCCUCUCCCCCGUGACAGAGGAGUCGGGGGAGGAGGGUACCAACAGCGAGGUCUCCUCUCCCCCUGCCUGUCGCUCCCCCUCUCCGGGGGCUAACGCUGACAUUCCUCUUAACCAGGGUCAGGGCGCCCUGAGUCGAGCACCCCUUCAGGAACUCUACGACCCGUCCAUGGAGAGCAGCACUGCUAACUUAGACGACUUGCAGAGAUCUUGGGAAACCCUUAAGAAUGUGAUCAGUGAGAAGCAGAAGAGCCUGUACGAAGCUCUGGAGCGGCAGCAGCAUUAUCAAGAAUCCCUCCAGUCCAUUUCCACCAAGAUGGAGUCCAUCGAAACGGCGCUCAACGAGGGCCUGGAGCCUAACAAGACCCCUGAGAGUCAGAUGGCAGCGCACCAGGCUCUGAUGGAUGAGAUCCUGAUGCUGCAAGAGGAAAUUGGUGAGCUACAGACAUGUUUUUCCGAGGAGCUGGGAGACAAUGACGGCGAUGGGAAAGCUGGGGACCAGCUGGCCCUUCAGUCUACUCUCACAGUCCUGGGAGAGAGGAUGGCUACCAUUCGCAUGAAGGCUUCUGGGAAACGCCAGCUCCUGGAGGAGAAACUAAGCGAACAGCUGGAGGAGCAGCGCCAGGAACAGGCACUGCAGCGUUACCACAGCGAGGCAGAGGAGCUGGACCACUGGCUGCUCAGCACUCGCGCCACCCUCAGCUCUGCCCUUCGACCCCAGAAUGAAGAUAUGGACAUGGAGGAGCAGCUCAUUGACUGUCAGAACAUGCUGUUUGAGAUCGAGCAGAAGGUGUCAUACCUGUCGGAGCUGUCCGUCCACAGCGAGAGCUUGCUCUUGGAGGGCCGCGCUGAAACCAAAGAGGAGGCAGAGCAGCUCACGCUCAAGCUGCACUCACUCAAAGACAGCCUGCUGGAGCUGCAGCAGAUGCUGCAGGACAAACAGGUCGACAUACAGGGCUCGCUGCAGGAGCAGGAUGACAGCGAGCCGGACUCGUCCCUGUCUCAGAGUCCAAACGUUCAGGACUGGCUGUCUCAGGCCCGCUCAACGCGGACACAGCAGCACCACAACAACCUGCUUCGGCAGAGGGAGCUGCAGGAGCAGGUGGAGAAGCAAAAGAAGCUGCUUCAGUCUGUAGCCAGUGUUGGAGAAGAGCUAUUCAUCCAGCACAGCACAUCUAAUGGGGACGGUGAGAUUUCUGUCCCUGGUGGAGUGUUGUUGGAGACUGAGACAUUGUCUCCUCUGGACCAGCUGAGACACAGAUGGGAAAACCUGAAUAAAGACCAGAGCACCAAGCUUCAGCUCUCUCUCAACUCCCUGGAAGAAGACCAGCUCAGGCCGCUCUGUGUGCAGGUCCUCCACCGGUCCCGUUUCACCAGUCCAAGUGUGGUGUUCGGGAGCGAGGUUUGCCACCAGGACUCCUCCUCUCCCAGGGCGCUGUUUGAGGCCUGCAGCCAGACUUUGGAACGACUCAAAGCAGAGGGCAGUGACAGGAAGCUGGCAGCGUCGUUCGGAGGGACGACAGUCCAGCAGGACCUGUACGCUGCCGUGUCAGCAGCCUCCUCCUGGUUGGAUGCAGGAGAGAAUCACCUGCUCUCUGGUCCCGUGCUGCUGUCAGACGACACAGAGACUCAACUCACGAGCCUAGAGGGUUUAAGUAAACACCUAAAGGAGUUAGCCAGAGAGGUGAACCAGUGCAGAGACCACCUGGGUGGAGGAGCGGCUCAGCUGUGUGGAGGAGAGGAGCGAGCCCUGAUGGAGGACACCCUGGAAGGUCUUCAGGAGAGAAUGAGCCUCUUGGGCACUGCUUUGGAGCAGCACUGUGACAAUGUGAGGGACAGGCUGCAGGAACGCUCCACCUUUCAGAAUGAGCUGAGGAUGCUGUUCACGUCUCUGACUGAAUGCAAACACCAGCUCCUGCAGAAGAUGUCUGGAAUUGCAGCCAGACCUGCAUUCAAACAGCUGGAGAUGUUGUCAGAGAUGGAGGACAGCUUAAAGGAGUUUGAGCAGAGAGUGACUGAGCUGAGGAUUAGAGCAGAAGGACACCAAUCUGAUCAGACCUCCAACCAGGAGCUCCUUAAACUACAAGAUGCAUACGAGGAGCUGGUGCUCAUGCUGGGCUCCAGACGGAGCAGCCUGAACCACGGCUUGUCUCUGAAGGCUCAGUACGAAGCUGCACUUCGAGACCUCUCUGACCUGAUCGACACCGCUCAAGACAAGAUGGCCGCUGACCAGAAGAUGACCGUAGCUUCUGUCACAGAGGUCCAGAUGUUACUGGAAAAACACAAAGAGUUUUUCCAGGGGCUUGAAGGCCACAUGAUCCUCACCCAGACGUUCUACAGUAAAGUAUCCAGUUUGGUGGCCCAGAGGGAAAGCCAGGCGCUCGAGGAAACCAUGACUCUAGCUCAAAAUGUGCUCAAGCAAGCUCACAGGAGGGGGGUGGAGCUGGAGGGCAUUUUGGAGUCCUGGAGCCGGCUCAUGGAGGACUAUCAAGCUUUGUGCCGACAGCUGGAGGCUGUGGAGUGUAACAUCCCCACUGUUGGACUGGUCGAGGAGACAGAAGAGAGACUAGCUGAAAGGAUCGGUCUCUACCAGCGUCUUAAGGCGAGCCUCGCAGAACAUCAGCCACAGCUCUACCAGGUUCUGGAGGAAGGCAAGAAGCUCCUCCUGUCUGUCAGCUGCUCAGACUUAGAGAGCCAGUUGACUCAGCUGGGAGAACACUGGCUGUCCUCCACCACUAAAGUCAACAAGGAGCUGCACCGUCUGGACUCCACGCUCAACUACUGGAGCAGAUACCAGAGUGAGUCAGCAGAUCUGAGCCACUGGUUGAAGUCUGCUCUGGACAGACUGGAGUUCUGGACAGCCCAGUCGGUGACGGUCCCUCAGGAGCUGGAGACCGUCAGGGACCACCUCUGUGCCUUUCUGGAAUUCUCAAAGGAGGUGGAUGCAAAGUCGUCUUUGCGUUCGUCUGUGCUGAGCACGGGCAACCAGCUCCUGCGGCUGAAGAGAGUGGACACAGCUGGGCUGAGGACGGUGCUGGGACACAUCGACACUGAGUGGGCCGAGCUGCUCACUCGGAUCCCCGUGGUCCAAGAAAAGCUUCACCAGCUACAAAUGGAGAAGCUGGCAUCGCGACACGCCAUCGCAGAGCUGAUGAGCUGGAUUUCUCUCAUGGAGAACAUCAUAGAAGAGGACCAAAACAAGAUCAUGGGGGCUGUGGGCUCAGACGUGGUCCAAAGCUUCCUGCAGAAGUACAAGGGCUUUCGGAUAGAUCUGACCUGCAAGCAGCUGACGGUGGAUUUCGUAAACCAGUCCGUGCUGCAGCUCAGCAGCCAGGACGUGGAGGGGAAACGCAGCGACAAAACGGACUUUGCAGAGAAGUUGGGAGCCAUGAACAGAAGAUGGCAGAUACUUCAGGGGCUCAUCACUGAAAAAAUUCAGCUUUUGGAAGGAGUUGUAGAAGGCUGGUUAGAGCAUGAAAACGGGGUCCAGACUUUAAAAAGCUGGCUCACGCUGCAGGAGGAGAGGUUGAAGAAGAAACACAGGUUAGAGGAUGUAGCAUCGGUGCAGAAUGCACUCAAAGACUGUCAGGAGUUGGAGGAGUUGGUGAAGGAAAAAGAGAAAGAUUUGGAGAAAGCAGAAGAGAGAGGAAAGGCUCUAAUCCAGGAUAGGAAAGAGGAAGCCUGCUCUGUUGUGAAGGAGACCCUUAAAGCCCUGAACCAGUCCUGGGCUCGGUUGGACCACAUGAUAAGUCAGAUGAAAGUGAGUCUGCGGUCAGUUCUGGAGCAGUGGACUCUGUAUCGGCGAGCCUCAGAGGAGAUCAACGGCUACCUGAUGGAGGGGAGAUACUCUGUAUCCAGACUGAGGCUCCUUAACGGGUCUUUAGAGGCAGUGCAGCAGCAAGUGGAGAGUCUGGAGAACUUGCAGGAGGAGAUGGAUAAGCAGGAGAGCAGUUUGAAGAAGUUUGGCUCCGUAACUCACCAGCUGCUGACUGAGUGUCAUCCGUCUGUGGCUGAAACUCUCCACAGAGCACUCCAGGGCGUUAACACCAGGUGGAAUCAUCUCCUGGAGCAGAUCUCAGAACAGCUACGGAGCAGUAAGGCCUUACUGGGUCUGUGGCAGCGUUACAGAUCUUUAUACAGCCAGUGUGUGACGGCGGUCCUGAGGCAGGAAGAUUGUGCCGAUCGUCUGCUGAGGAGCGCCACUGAUGGGGAAAUCACAGAGGAGGACCGCAGCUCCUGGAUACAAAACUGCAACGACUGCCUCAGCAACCAAGACCCGGUGCAGAAACUCCUCCAGCAGCUGCAGACUUCAGGAGAACAGCUCCGGAGUCAGGUUGACGCCUCCUCCUUCGCCUCUCACAAGUCUGACCACCUGUCACUCACUCAUCGCCUAGCAACGCUCGAGCACGCCCUUAUUAGGCAGCAGGAGGUACUGCAGUUUGGAUCUCAGGCCUGUGAGGGCUUCAGGGAGCAGCUGAACACUCUGAUCUGUAGGGCGAAAGAGGCUGAGGAGGUGCUGAAGGAGUCGGAUCCAGUCGGUUCACCAGAUCUCACCGCGGUCCAGACACGAAUGGAGGAACUGAAGGUGCACCUGUUGGGGCUGAGCAGCCUCUCUCCAGAUCUGGAACGUGUGAAUGAGUUGGUGUACAGAUUACCUGUCAGCGACAGAGAUGUCAAACGGCUCCAGAGCCUCAACAGGUCCUGGGCCUCUCACUGCGCUCACCUCACCGAGAGGUUCAGUAAACUUCAGUCAGCGCUGCUCCAGCAGCAGAGCUUCCUGCAGAAGUGUGAGGCCUGGAUGGAUUUCCUCUCUCAGACCGAACAGAAACUAGCAGCUGAGAUUUCGGGAAACUACGAGAGUCUGCUGGAGCAGCAGAGAGGCCAUGAGUUGUUCCAGGCAGAGAUGUUCAGCAGGCAGCAGAUUCUGUACUCCAUCAUUGGCGAUGGACAUCGUAUGUUGGACAUGGGACAAGUGGAUGACAGCGAUGAUUUCAGUGUGAAGCUGGCCUUGCUGAGCAACCAGUGGCAGUGUGUGGUGAGGCGGGCCCAGCAGCGGAGAGGCAUCAUCGACAGCCUGGUGCACCAGUGGCAGAACUACCGGGAGAUGUCAGAGAAGCUGCGACACUGGCUGCAGGAAGUCAGCUGUGAUCCAGAUGUGCUUCAGCCAGGGGAACCGGUGGCCCUGCAGCAGGCCAGACACCUGUUGGGUCAAGUUCAGCUAAAGGAGCGAGUGCUUCAGAGGCAACACGGAGUCUACAUCCUGAGCGUGGAGGCCGGCAGGAGCCUGCUCUCAUCUGCUGACUCUACGGCCGAGUCCUCGCUGCAGACUGAGCUCAUGGAGAUUCAGGAGAGGUGGAGACACGCCCACCACCGCCUGGACCAGCAGAAGAGGGAGCUGCAUGGCCUAAUUAAGAACUGGGAGAGAUGUGAGAAAGGCAUCGAUGUGUCGUUGGAAAAGCUGAGGGCCUUCAAGAGAAAGCUGUCCGUGCCGCUGCCUGAGCAUCACGACGAGCUGCACACGGAGCAAAUCAGAUGCAAGGAGCUGGAGAGCACCGUGGAAGGCUGGACCGAUGACCUCACUUCCUUGUUCAUGCUGAGGGAUUCCUUGGAGGGCGUGGUCAGUGCUGAUGACAUCACAGUGAUACAGGAACGCCUCCAGCUGCUGCAGUGCCAGUGGGAAGAAGUUUGUCACCAGCUGUCUUUGCGCCGGCAGCAGGUGAGCGAGAAGCUGAACGAGUGGGCUGUUUUCAAUGAGAAGAACAAGGAGCUGUGUGAGUGGCUCACACAGAUGGAGAGCAAAGUCUCUCAGAAUGGAGACGUCAGCAUCGAAGAGAUGAUAGAAAAGCUGCGAAAGGACUACCAAGAGGAAAUCAGCGUCGCUCGGGAAAACAAGCAGCAGCUGCAGGCGAUGGGCGAGCGUCUGGCCAGGGCCAGCCAAGACGGCAAGGCGGCCGAGAUCCAACACAAACUCAGCAAAGUCAGCGAGCGCUGGCAACACCUGCUGGACCUCAUAGCAGCCAGGGUUAAAAAGCUGCGGGAAACCCUGGUGGCGGUGCAGCAGUUGGACAAAAACAUGAGCAGCCUGCGCUCUUGGCUCUCUCACAUCGAGACCGAGCUCUCCAGACCGAUCGUCUACGACACCUGCGACAGCCAGGAGAUUCAGAGGAAACUCAACCAGCAGCAGGAGCUGCAGCGAGACAUAGAGAAACACAGCACAGGUGUGGCAUCCGUGUUGAACCUGUGUGAGGUUCUGCUGCACGACUGUGAUGCCUGCUCGACGGAGAAAGAAUGUGACUCUAUCCAGCAAGCCACCAGAGGCCUGGACAGGCGCUGGAGGAACAUCUGCGCCAUGUCCAUGGAGAGGAGACUCAAGAUUGAGGAGACGUGGAGGUUGUGGCAGAAGUUUCUGGACGACUACUCCAGGUUUGAGGAGUGGCUGAAGAGUUCCGAAAAAACAGCAGCUCUGCCCAAUUCUUCUGGAGUUCUGUACACGGUCGCUAAGGAGGAACACAAGAAGUUUGAGGCCUUCCAGCGCCAGGUGCAGGAAUGCCUGACUCAGCUGGAGCUCAUCAACAAGCAGUACCGUCGUCUGGCUCGGGAGAACCGCACAGACGCCUCGAGCCGUCUCAGAGAGAUGGUGCAUGAUGGGAACAAGCGAUGGGAUAACCUGCAGAAGAGAGUGGCUGCCAUCCUGCGCAGACUCAAACACUUCAUCAGCCAGAGGGAGGAGUUUGAGACGGCACGAGACAGCAUCCUGGUGUGGCUCACUGAAAUGGACCUCCAGCUAACCAACAUCGAGCAUUUCUCUGAAUGUGACGUGCACGCCAAAAUAAAACAGCUGCGGGCUUUCCAGCAGGAGAUCUACCUGAACACGGCCAAGAUAGAGCUGGUUUUCAGGCAGGGUGAAGCCCUGAUUGAGAAGAGCGAACCUCUGGAUGCUGCCGUUAUUGAGGAGGAGCUGGAGGAGCUGCAGAGAUACUGUCAGGAGGUGUUUGGACGAGUGGACAGAUACUACAAGAAGCUUACGCGACUACCUCUGGUGGAUGAUGAGCUCGAUGGUUCAGACAGAGAGCUGGACGUGGAGGAAGGUGGAGACCUCACUGAGAUGCAGUGGGGUGAGUCAACCACGCCUCGAACAACCAGCCGUCCAUCGUCGAGUACGGCAGCCGUCAUCCGGGCCGACCGCUCGGGCCGGGACACCCCAGCCAGCGUGGACUCCAUACCCCUGGAGUGGGACCAUGACUAUGACUUGAGCAGAGGCCUGGACAGUCCCGGAGGACGAGGGGAGAGGAGCCGAGGACAAGAGGACGAGUAUAUGAGGACGUCUGUCACCGUGCUCUCAGAUGUAGUUAUCCCAGAGAGCCCAGAGGCCUAUAUUAAACUGACUGAGAACACACUGAAAUCCUCCUCUGGUGAGCCGGGUCAGCUGGAGGCCAGUCUGAGACAACUGGACCAGGCUCUGGACGCAGGACGCUUUCACCUCCAGCAGAGAGAGGCCGCCACGAACCGCUCCAGUCCCGACGUCGACUCCACGUACAUGGGCUACAUGCGUCUGAUGGGAGAGUGUCGCGGCAGCAUUGACACUGUGAAGAGAGCAGAAGAAGAGCUGACUGAAGACGAGGACGGCAUGCCGGGACUCACCAACCCCACAAGCACAGACACACAGAGCACAGGGGUAAUUGAGCGCUGGGAGCUGAUCCAGGCUCAGUCUCUGAGCGAGAAACACAGACACAGACAAAACCUGCAUCAAUGGCAGCAGCUGAUUUCAGAUCUGCAGACCAUGAGGGCCUGGCUGGGUCACUCGGAGGCUGAACUCGGCCGACUGCGAGGGCUGGAUGUCAGCACCAACAUACACACCAUCCAGCAGAGAAUCAAGAAGCUCAAGGAGCUGCAGAAGGGGGUGGAUGCUCACAAAUCAGAGGUCCUCUCCAUAAACCUGAGCAGUGCAGACUUCCUCCAAUCAGAGCCGGAGUCUGACGAGGCCUGGGAGCUCAGGGACCAGCUAAAGGAGAUGAACUCUCGCUGGGAUCGACUCGGUUCCUCGCUGGAGGACUGGAGGGAGGAGCUGCAGAGGGCGCUGAUGCAGUGCCAGGAGUUUCAUGAGAUGAGUCACGGUCUGCUGCUGUGGUUGGAGAACAUCGACCGCAGGAGGAACGAGGUGGUGCCCGUCCCUCUCGGAGCCGAUCGAGAAACAUUACGGAGACAUCUCAAAACCCUGACACAAAUCAAACGUGAGCUGCUAGACUCGCAGCAGAAGGUUUCUUCCCUUCAGGAGCUGUCGGCCCAGCUGCUGGUCAACACCAGACCUCAGAGCCUGCAGGCGUCAGAGCAGAGCCAGGCUCAGGGUGGCGAGUGUCUGGAGGCUCGGGAGAAGGUUCAUGUGAUCUGGAACAGGCUGAGACUGCUCCAGAGGGAGGUGAGCUCAGACCUGGAGGGGCUGGAGAGGAGACUGGAGGUUAUGGACCCACCACAGGAUUCUUUACCAGGACCUGCUGGAAAAUUUGGAAUCUGCGGAUCUGCUAAUUCCAGGGCAGAGAAGACCAUCCAAAGCCACAAACCACUGCCCCGAGGCAAAAGUAGUCAGGCCUACCCAGGACACCCUGAGAGCGGCCCGCGCCACAGCCGGAGCAGAUCUCCAGGCGCCGCUGGCUGCGUUUCCUCCCGUUCUGACCUUCCCGAUGGCGUCUCCUCAUCGUCCUCCUCUUCCACCUCCUCCCCAAAGAGCCGGUCCUUCCUGCUUCGGGUCUUCAGGGCCGCCCUCCCUCUCCAGUUGCUCCUCUUACUCCUCAUCGGCCUGGCUUGCCUGGUUCCAAUGACGGAGGAGGACUACAGCUGCCACCACGCCAACAACUUUGCCCGCUCCUUCCAUCCGAUGCUGCGCUACACCAACGGACCUCCGCCCAUAUGAGGAGCGACACUCUCCUGCUUUUUUUUUUUUUUGCCAAGAACUCCUUCGACUCCUGUGAAUGUUUCCUCCUCACCUUGUGCCCUUGAGCAGGACACUCCUCUCUUGCUAGGGAGCGUAGUAUGAUGACUUUUCUCACCCGCUCUCCUGAAAUCACCCCAGCCCUUUAACACGCAGGCCUCAUUCGCUAGAUCGCUCCACCUCAGUCCAAAUAUUUGUUGUUUUAACUUAAAUCUGUAUAUUUUUCAGGUUUCUGGAAAAAAAGAAAGAAAGCACUAUUUAUAUAAAUCAAUGUUGGGAGCCAAAGUCAGCUGUUCUUUUCGUCCACCACAUCCAGUGCUGCUAGUAUUUAUUUAGUGUUCAAUCAGCUAAUAUUAUGUUAGCAUCGAUUAAGCUAAAGCCCCGCCGCCACUGUAGGGGAGCUGUAGGUGUAGACUGUAGAUGUGCAGUUUGGGUAGCAAUCAUUCACACUCGUUGGUGUGAAGAGUUUCAUUCCAGAAUGACACAUCUGAAGAUCUGCUCAGACGAGAAAAAGACUGAAACUGAAAAAGCUUCUGAAGGAUGACUUGUAGCUUAGGUUUUUUUUAUAUAUAAUCUGCCUGACGUUGGGAAUGAAGUCCUCACAUGAUUUAAAAGUUAAAAACUGAAUUUUUAGCACUGAUUAAAGCACUGCACCGAGUCCUGCAGCCACAGAUGUCUCUCCCCGAAAGCCAAGGCGUGUUUUUUUUCAGUAUUUAACAGAAAACUGUCACAUAUGCUCUUGAUUUUAACAUAUUGCUUGUAUAUUAUUAUUUAAAAUGCCUGUGAAGAGAGGCAGUUAUUUUUUUAUAUUUCUGUUUGAGCAUGCAUGUGAACUCUUAAAGCUAAACAAUCACUGGUAGUGUUUCAGUAGACAGCUUGACAUAUGUAGUGUGCUUUGUAAUAACCGCAUAUUAAAUCUGCGCUGAUGGCAGCGUGGCUUAAACAGAAUCUGUAAAAAAAUGAAAUGAAAAUUGUUAUUUAUGUAUGUACAGUUUGCUAAUUAAGGAAGAUUACUUUCUUUUACAACUAAUAAAACAUGAAGUAUUUA